UUUCUUUUUCCAUGGCGGAGGUGAAGAAAUCGACCGGAACCGUGAAGUGGUUCAGUGCGCAGAAGGGGUUUGGCUUCAUAGCUCCACAUGAUUCCGGCGAGGACCUUUUUGUCCACCACACCUCCAUUCUGUCCGACGGAUUUCGGACCCUUUUCAAUGGUCAGGCGGUUGAAUUUUCCAUCGAUUACGGCCAAGAUCACCACGCCAAGCCCGUUGACGUUACUGUAAUUGGUAGAACUAGCAGGUUCGGAGGUGGCCGUGGCGGUGGGAGAGGUAGAGGCACCGAUUCUGGUCGGUUCAGCGGGCGAGGAGGUUAUGGGGGUUUUGGCAAAGGAGAGUGUUACAAUUGUGGUCGGAUGGGUCAUUUGGCGAGGGAUUGUUACCGGGGAAAUGGCCGUGCACCUCCCAACUGUGGACGGGGUCGUGGAUACAGCGACAGUCGGGGAUUUGGCGGUGAUUGUUAUAAUUGUGGAGAAACAGGACAUUUUGCUAGAGACGGUAAAAAUGAAAGCAAAUGACGAAGAAAAAUUAUAGUGAUGUUCUUAACAUAUUUCAUACCAUUUUUGUAUGUGAA